AUGGCGCAGAGCACACUGCCGAGAAGCUGCAGAGCCCGGCCUCCCCCGACGACGAGUUCGAGAACGAGGGUCAUGGCGGCACCGGGCCUCCCCGAGGCGGACUUCAGGAAGGCGCUGGACUCGGCGCUCUUCAGGCGGUGGCUGGAGAGCCUGCAGGCGGAGAAGGGCCUGCUCGCCCACGGGAAGCUCAGCCUCCGCCAGAUCCUCAUCCAGGGGGUGGACAUGUUCAGGCAGCGCGUGGGAUUCCUCAAGUUCAAGGCCGACAUCGUGGACGAGGAAACCCAAGCCAAGGGUUUGGAUCAACAAGAGUAA